GCCGUUCGAAGCUGGAAGCGGGAGGAAGUCGCUGCCGUGUUGCCGGUUGUUGAUGUUUCUCGGAGGAAGAAAAGUCACCGCAGAUGGACGUGACGACGUGUUUGAAGUCUCUGCUGCUGGCUAUCCAGCAGUACCGAGACAACAGGACGGCGCAACACGCAGCGCAGCUCCAAAAACAAGUGGAGGAGGUUUCGGGCCUAAAAUGUGACCAGCUGCUGUCCUCAGGUCAGGUUCUGCCCAGUGAGUGUGUGAGUGGGCUGGUGGAGCUGGCUGGAAACCCAAACACCAGCCCCGCCCUGACCAGCUCCAUCGUCUCCCUGCUGGCACAACUAGCCAGCGACGAUCACAGUCGGGAGAUUCUCCACAGCAGCUACAACCUCACCAGCACCCUGGCUGCCGUCAUCCACUGCCACAGCGCCACACCUGGAGAGGCCCUGGUGCUGCAGGACAACGUGAAGUCGUUCUAUCGCACACUGAUCAACUUCCUGGCUCACAACAGUCUGACCGUGGUGGUCUUCACGCUGUCCAUUCUGGCCAGCCUCACGCUGAAUGAGAAAGUCGGCGAAAAGCUCUUUGAUGCAAAGAACAUCCACCAGACCUUCCAGCUCGUGUUCAACAUCAUCGUGAACGGUGACGGCACUCUGACCAGGAAGUACUCCGUUGACCUUUUGGUCGACCUGCUGAAGAACCCCAAGAUAGCAGAUUACCUGACGAGGUAUCAGCACUUCUCAGCAUGUGUGUCCCAGGUUUUAGGACUGCUGCAUUCAAAAGACCCCGACUCUGCAGCCAAGGUGUUGGAGCUCCUCCUGGCCAUGUGCAGCGUCUCCGGUCUGCGCUCGCUGCUGUGUGAGGUGGUUUUUAAGCCGGCGGGACCCAAACUGAGAGCUGCGGGCCGCCGGCAGGCUGCAGGACCGGACGGCGGACGGAAGGUGGAGUGCGGACUGGCUCUGGUGCAGUGGCUGAGCUCACCUGUGGAGGGCGCUGAACGCUGCUCGCUGCAGGCCCUGCAGCUGUUGAACGAGCUGCUGGAGGAGGCCUUGGCAGCAGAGAGCAUGCCUGACUGUAUGCUGAGCUUCGUGGAAAUGCUGCUCCCAGUCCUGCUGGAGCUGCUGAAGGGCCUCGAUCCCGCACAAGGCGAUGCUCACGUCAGAAAACACUGCCACCGGAUCACUCACGUCACCAACCUGCUGCUCAUCCUGUGCACCGAGGACUCCACCAGAUCUCUGGUGUCCCGUCAGGUGAGCGCUCAGCUCUGCCUCCGCCAGGUUGAAGCGCUCCUCUCCUGUUGUCAUGGCAACAGCCCCAUCACCUGCCCGCAUCCCGACAACGAUCUCAGUCACGUGUGUGCAGAAGCUUCACUGAAGACUCUGGAGCUGAUGAGCAAACUGAGGCAGCAGGUGAAGGACAUGGAGACGAGCUUCUACCGGAUGCUGCAGGACCAGAGGAUCGUGACUCCGCUCUCUCUCGCCCUGACGUCCCACCACAGAGACCACGUGCAGACCGGACUCUCGCUGCUGUUCGAGGCCACUCCGCUGCCAGACUUCCCCUCGCUGGUUCUGGGAGAAAGCAUCGCCGCCAACAACGCCUACCGCCAGAGGGAGGCCGAGCUGUCCGUCAAGCGCAUGGCCGUGCAGGAAGUCCCGCCUCCCAGGACGAACACCAGCGUGUUGGAUUCGUCCGCCGCCUCCAGCAGGAGCGUUCACAGCCUGGUGGAGAAAAUACAGACGGGUUUGGAGCUGCAGGAGCAGGCGAAGGACUCGCACGUGUCUGAGAUCAUCGAUGUUUACGAACAGAAGCUUUCUGCGUUCACGUCAAAGGAGAGCCGCCUGCAGGACUUGUUGGAGGCCAAAGCUUUGGCUCUUUCUCAGGCCGACCGUCUCAUCGCUCAGUAUCGUGUCCAGCGAGCUCAAGCUGAAGCUGAGGCCCGUAAGCUGGCGUCGCUGCUGAAGGACGCCGAGCGGCGGCGGGAGGACCUGCAGGGCGAGCUGAGCAGCCAGGUGCUGGAGGUGCAGCGCUCCAAGGCCGACAUGGAGGAGCUGCUGCAGCACAACGCCAGGCUGCAGCGGGACUCCGAGGACCACCAGGCCCUGAAGGGAGCCUACAACAGCCUGCUCAACAGGUUUAAUGAGACGGAGCGGCUGCUGAAGGAGCUGCAGACGGCUCACAUCUCGCUGACCAAACAGAACGACGCCCUGAGGAAGAACCAGGAGGCUCUGCAGCUGCAGCAGGACAAGAUGGCGUCGGUGUUGGAGGAGAGACAAGAGGAGAUCAAAUCCCUUCAUUCGGAUCUGCAGAGGAAAAACAGCGACAUCGCGGGUCUGCGUCUUGAACUUCAGGCCGAGGAGGAGAGAGUGAAAGAAAAAGACCAAGAGAGGAGAGAACUGGAGGAGACGGUGGAUGUUCUGAGGAAGGAACUGAAUAAAACGGAGCAGGCCAGGAAGGACGCCAGCAUCAAGGCGUCGUCUCUGGAGCUGCAGAAGAGUCAGCUGGAGGCGAAGCUGCAGCAGAAGGAGGACGAGCUGAACAAGCACUCUGCGAUGAUCGCCAUGAUCCACAGCCUGAGCAGCGGCAAGCUGAAGAGCGACGUCAACCUGUCGCUGUGAGCGGCCAGCCAGAUGAGUGACUGAGGAAACGCUAGAUUUUUAAAAAACGGACUUAAAUUUUAAUCCUAAGCGAACGUUGUUUAGUAAUAAAACACGCUCGAUGAAGUACAUUAAACUAAACCCGUAUGUUAAGCGUCCAGGUCCUGUUGACACGUGUGUCUUGUAUGUGUGUGUUUUUAUUGUUCGGUGAAUAAAUGAUGAGUCUGUAUUCGUACUAGAUUCCACAUGAGG